CCUUGUUCUUGCUUUCAUGUUCAGCCUGACCUCGUCUGAUCUGGAACACAUCGACCUUUUAAUUCGACCGAGACGACGUAGAAUAUACCCGAGAGCGAGACAAAGGUGAUUGUAACUAACCUUGUUUCUUGUUCUGUCGGUUCAUUUCCCGGCCGUCUCCUCCUUCCUUGGCUGAGGGUCUCAACACGCCACCCUUCCCCGUUCCCUCCUGCAGUAUUACUCUCAUUCUCGCUCUUGUCUUCGACAUCCUGCAUCCGGUUCCCUUUAGGAGAAGUCAACUAAAGAGACGACAACUUCAUUCCGAACGACAUCGACGUUUACAUGGUCGCUUCGUACACCCGAACUACACCCCGAUCUCGAACCCGAUUUAGCGACCCAGUGUGGGCUCGCCAUCCAAUCCCAUGCAGACCAACACAGCGCCACUGCAGAGCCAGGGCUGGCUGCGGUUGGUACUGGCUCUGUUCUUACACAGCCUCGUAUCCCUCCCUGCGGCGUCGGCAUCUGAUCUCACAGCGCGCGGCAGUGGCAAUCCCUCUAUAUCAUGGUAUGAUUGGGGAUACUACGGCUCUUUCCCGCACAGAAGCUACCAGUCGUUUGGCGCACAGUCGCCUCGGCCAGCGCUGGUCCGCACCGAUGAGCGAUGCGACGAUGGUUACAUUUUUAUCGAGCCGCGCGGCGUCUACGUCGAGACCCCCGGCCCGGUAAUGCUCGACAAUGCCGGCGAACUGGUAUGGAUGCAGACGCUCUGGGGUCAGGCAAUGGAUCUCAAAGUGCAGAGCUUCAAAGGAAAUGACUACAUCACCUUCUGGCACGGCACCGACAAUGGCACCUUCGGCGAGGGUUACUAUCUGAUGCUUGACGAGUCGUACGAAGUGUUCAAAAAGGUCACACCCGUCGGUCCCUACACCGGUGAUCUUCACGAGUUUCGCAUCACCGAUAACGAUACCGCCCUCAUGACCAUCUACUUUAGAAAGAAGGUCGACAUGUCGGCGUACGGCUUCGAGGAAGGCUGGAUCUUCGACAGCAUCUUCCAGGAAAUCGACCUAGAAACGAACGAGCUCAUUUUUGAGUGGCGAGCCUCCGACCACUUUCCUAUCAGCGAAACCAUGGCCCCCAUUGGUAAGACCGGGAAGAGUCCAAGCAGCGCCUUUGACUACUUUCACAUCAACAGCAUCGACAAAGAUGCCAACGGCGACUACCUCAUCUCUUCGCGAUACAUGUGCGCUGUCGCCGCCAUCAGCGGCAAGGACGGUCGCGUUCUCUGGCAACUCGGUGGCAAGCGCAAUUCGUUUGAAGAUCUGUCUGGAGGCGCCGCGACCAACUUCUCCUGGAACCACCAGGCCGCUUGGGUCGACAACACCACAUUAACCGUCUUUGACAACGGCUCCAAUGGCCGCCAGAAUACGGCCAAGUUCAGCCGCGGCCUCAUGGUCACCCUCGACACGGACGACAUGACAGCGACACUCGUCCACGCCUACGUCUCGCCCUACAAAGUCCUCGCCAUCUCUCAGGGCUCCGUCCAAGUCCUUCCCAACAGCAACGUGCUCGUUGGCUGGGGUCAUGUCCCUGCGUUUACCGAGUUCUCCCACGACGGCGAGGUCCUCUGCGAAACCCACAUCGGUCCCAUUCAUCUCGAUCUGUUUGCGUGGGUCAAGAACUACCGCACCUUCAAGUACCCUUGGGUUGGUCGCCCUAAGACCCUCCCUGACGUUGCCAUAAAGCCCAGUCAGAGUGCCCUGUGUGUCAGCUGGAACGGCGCGACUGAGGUCGUCAAGUGGAAGAUUCAGAGCGCACCACAGCCAUCGGGCAGCGACUUCCGCGACCAUCGCACUUGCGACAAGAAGAAAUUCGAGACCAAGAUGCAAAUUCCAGAGGAGGCCGACGAAUUCAUUCGAGUUGUAGCGUUGGAUAAGAACGACAAAGUCCUUUCCAUGUCGGCAGUCCUCUCCAAGACAAAAGAGAAUGAGAUCGAACUACUCGAGGCGCCAGAGAGAGGAAUCUGGAUGGAGCCUUUCCAGCUCUUUUUACUUGCUCUAUUUGGAGUGGUCAUUGGAUUCUUCAUUGUCUAUUACUUCCGAUUCACCCUGCGGCGGGGCAUCAACCGGGUCUUGCGCCGGAGCACACCUUUCAAGUACCAGUCACUACCAGGUGGUUCCUCAUAAGCGGUACAUUUUUCCUUGACUCAACGGCGUUAAAUAACUCGGGGGUAUUAUUUAUGUAUGUAUACAGCCCUAAGAAAGGGCAGGCAUGGGAAAAGGCGCCUAGGAUAUUGUCUAAGCGGGUGCAUUACUUCACAGUCGUUCCGGAGCGAUACGAUAUGAGAUAGGUCGUAAAUAGUGUAAAUAAUCACACAUUUGACCAA